UCUGGGGUGGGUUGGGUGUGGGAUCACAGACCUCAUGUCAUCCCCUUUAACCCGCCCCUGCAACACUAGGCUAUGUCUGUGUCUAGCAGGGGGAUAGGGGAGGGGUGUCCCAUGGCGUGACAGCCCGGAGAAUACAGAUCCCUGGAAUGUGUCUGAGUAAACAGGAAGGACAGGGGGCCCCACACCCUUUAGGGUGAGCAGCCUCCCUGGAUCCCCUGCAUUCUAGCAGGUUCUCCCUCCCUCCCCUCACUUUCCAGGAGGAGCAGCUUGAACAAACAACAGAGCUGGGGCCAGAGGGCUGUGAGCCCAGGAAGGAGGGGCCGCAGUGGAGAAGGGGGCGGUGUUUGGAAGGAAGGGCUGUGUUGAGGAGCAUCUUUUUAGCCCUAAACUGGAGGAGCCUGAGACUUGAGAGUCCAGUUGAAAGAAGAGGAACAGAGGGGUCCAGCAGAAAAGGCUGUGCUUCCUAAUUAGGAGGAAGGGGGAGCAGGACAAAGGGUGUAGGGCCAAGUGCCAUCAACCUGGGGGGAUCUCCGUCAGCAGCUCCUGUCCAGCAGUGCCUCAGGCCCAGCCCUGCAGGAGUGUCCUGGGUCAGCUAGAGGGUGUGGGCUAGGCCUGGGCUCGAUGCCCAGAUGACUGGACAGGGGCCUCCUGGGCCACAAGCCCAGGCCUGAAGGAGGGGGAAGAACCUCACGUGUCCAGCCAGGCUACCCCCUCCCCAUUACUGUGUUUGGGGUGAAAACAGACCGAGUAACUAUGGCAACCUGGAACUAGGGCUCCCAGGAACUAGGCCUCUCCUCCCUCCAGAGGGCAGACCUGGCUUCUCUGCCAGCACUUCCUGUCUCAAGAUCCCUCCAGCCUUAUCCAGCCUUUUCCAGGCAGUGAAUGCAAGAACAAGGAUUGUGGAGGCAGAUUACCUGAAUUGGAUUCCCUGCUUUGCCUUUUAUUAGUGGAUGUCCUUGCCUCCUGAAUGAUGGCAGCCCAAUGUUCCCUAACCUCCAACCUGGCCCUCCUGGUGCUGCUGGGCACAGUGCAAGCAGGCCCUUUCUCUCCACGGUCCAAUGUGACACUCCCAGCCCCACGGCCCCCUCCCCAGCCUGGGGGCCGCACCGAGGAGCCAAGAAGGGGAAGCCCCUCUUCUCAGCUUUAUGAGCACACUGUCCAAGGAGGAGAGAAGCAGGUGGUGUUCACCCACCGUAUUAACCUGCCCCCUUCAUCUGGCUGUGGCUGUCCCCCGGGCACUGAGCCCCCGGUGCCUGCUUCAGAGGUGCAGGCCCUGAGGAUCCGGCUAGAGAUCCUGGAGGAGCUGGUGAAAGGGCUCAAGGAACAGUGCACUGGCGGAUGUUGUCCUGCUGCUGCCCAGGCUGGCACAGGCCAGACAGACGUUCGUAGCCUCUGCAGUCUCCAUGGCGUGUUUGACCUGAGCCGCUGCUCCUGCUCCUGUGAGCCGGGCUGGGGUGGGCCCACCUGCUCGGAUCCCACAGACAACGAGAUGCCCUCCUCCUCCCCACCCUCAGCGACCGGGUCCUGCCCAGAUGACUGCAACGAUCAGGGUCGCUGUGUCCGCGGUCGCUGCGUGUGCUUCCCUGGCUACACUGGCCCCAGCUGUGGCUGGCCCUCCUGCCCCGAGGACUGCCACGGCCGCGGGCGCUGCGUGCAGGGCGUGUGCGUGUGCCGGUCGGGCUUCUCAGGCAGCGACUGCAGCCUGCGCUCCUGCCCUCGGGGCUGCAGCCAGAGGGGGCGCUGCGAGGACGGGCGCUGCGUGUGCGACCCCGGCUACACUGGCGAGGACUGUGGGAUGAAAAGCUGCCCUCGAGGUUGCAGCCAGAGGGGGCGCUGCGAGAAUGGGCGCUGCGUGUGCAACCCCGGUUACACCGGCGAGGACUGUGGGGUGAGGAGCUGCCCCCGGGGCUGCAGCCAGAAGGGGCGCUGUGAGGACGGGCGCUGCGUCUGUGACCCCGGCUACGCUGGCGAAGACUGUGGCUCGCGGAGCUGCCCGUGGGACUGCGGCGAGGGCGGACGCUGCGUGGACGGCCGCUGCGUGUGCUGGCCGGGGUACGCGGGCGAGGACUGCGGCACGCGGACGUGCCCGCGCGACUGCCGAGGCCGUGGGCGCUGCGAGGAUGGCGAAUGCAUUUGCGACGCAGGCUACAGCGGGGACGAUUGCGGCGUACGUAGCUGCCCUGGCGACUGCCACCAAAGGGGCCGCUGCGAGGACGGCCGCUGUGUGUGCUGGCCAGGGUACACAGGGCUUGACUGCGGCGCACGCGCCUGCCCGCGAGACUGUCGGGGCCGCGGGCGCUGCGAGAACGGCGUGUGCGUGUGCAAUGCGGGCUACAGCGGCGAGGACUGCGGCGUGCGCAGCUGUCCCGGGGACUGUCGCGGCCGGGGCCGUUGCGAGAGUGGCCGCUGCGUGUGUUGGCCCGGGUAUACAGGACGGGACUGCGGCACGCGCGCCUGCCCUGGCGACUGUCGCGGGCGCGGGCGGUGCGUGGACGGCCGCUGCGUAUGCAAUCCGGGCUUCACAGGUGAGGAUUGCGGGAGUCGUCGGUGCCCUGGGGACUGUCGCAGUCGCGGCCGCUGCGAGGAUGGCGUGUGCGUGUGCGACGCAGGCUACGAGGGCGAGGACUGCGGCGCGCGCAGCUGCCCCGGAGGUUGCCGAGGUCGCGGCCAGUGCCUGGACGGGCGCUGCGUGUGCGACGACGGCUACUCGGGCGAGGACUGCAGCGAGAGGCGGUGCCCGCGCGACUGCAGCCAGCACGGCGUGUGCCAGGACGGUGUGUGUACCUGUUGGGAGGGCUACGCGGGCGAGGACUGCGGCCUCCGUACUUGUCCCUCCAACUGCCACCGACGUGGCCGCUGUGAGGACGGCCGAUGCGUGUGCGACUCAGGCUAUACUGGCCCCUCCUGCUCAACCCGCACCUGCCCGGCCGACUGCCGGGGCCGUGGGCGCUGUGUGCAGGGAGUGUGCGUGUGCCACGCGGGCUACAGCGGCGAGGACUGUGGGCAAGAAGAACCUCCCGCCAGCGCCUGCCCUGGGGGCUGCGGGCCCAGGGAAUUGUGCCGAGCAGGCCAGUGUGUAUGUGUCGAGGGCUUCCGAGGCCCCGACUGCGCCAUCCAGACGUGCCCCGAGGACUGCCGCGGCCGGGGAGAGUGUCGUGAGGGCAGCUGCAUCUGCCAAGAUGGCUAUGCAGGGGAGGAUUGCGGGGAAGAGGUGCCCGGCAUUGAGAGCAUGAGGAUGCACCUCCUGGAGGAGACGACAGUUCGAACAGAGUGGACCCGGGCUCCUGGCCCUGUGGAUGCCUAUGAAAUUCAGUUCAUCCCCACGACAGAGGGAGUGAGCCCCCCCUUCACAGCACGGGUGCCCAGCUCUGCCUCAGUCUAUGACCAGAGAGGAUUGGCCCCUGGUCAGGAGUACCAGGUCACUGUUCGUGCUCUUCGAGGGACUAGCUGGGGCCCUCCUGCCUCCAAGACCAUCACCACCAUGAUCGAUGGCCCCCAGGACCUCCGCGUGGUGGGUGUGACACCAACCACACUGGAACUCAGCUGGCUGCGCCCCCAGGCUGAGGUGGACCGAUUUGUGGUGUCCUACGUUAGUGCUGGCAACCAGAGAGUGCGGCUGGAAGUGCCCCCUGAGGCAGACGGGACGCUGCUAACUGACUUGAUGCCAGGCGUGGAAUAUGUGGUGACUGUCACUGCAGAGCGGGGCCGGGCAGUAAGCUACCCGGCUUCUGUCAGGGCUAACACAGCACCAGGUCACUACAGUUACCCGGAGGUGCGCCCCCCAGCCCCGCCCCCCAGGUCCCGGCCCCGGCCGGCCUCGGCCUCACGGCCUCCGCGCCCUGCUCGGCCCCCUCGGCCCUCACGGCCCUCACGGCCGGCGGAGGAGGGGGAGGAGGAGUCUCGGCCUGGGCCUAGCCUGCCCCUGCCCCCUCGACGGUCGUGGGCCAACCUGACGGCCGAGCUGGGCCGCUUCCGCGGCACGGUGCAGGACCUGGAGCGCCACCUGCGGGCCCACGGCUACCCACUGCGGGCCAACCAGACCUACACGUCGGUGGCGCGCCACAUCCAUGAAUACUUGCAGCGGCGGCGUCUGACGGCUGCCGCCCCCGUCGGCUCCCCCGCACACCAGCCCCGUCGCCCCCACCCCACCACCAGCCCCGACUCAGGCACCUGGAAGCGGGACUCCAACCAGGGCAUCUACGGCCUCUCACCCGAAGGCGUCGACCGAGUGGCUGCGCCCCGCCACCCCAAGCCCGAGGUGCUGGGCAGUUCCGCUGACGGCGCCCUACUCGUAUCCCUCGAUGGGCUCCGCGGCCACUUCGAGCGCGUGGUGCUGCGCUGGCGGCCCCAGCCGCCCGCAGAGGGCCCCAGCGGGGAGGUGACCGUGCCGGGCACCACGCGCACCGUCAGCCUACCCGAUCUCAGGCCCGGCACCACCUACCACGUGGAGGUCCAUGGGGUGCGGGCAGGGCAGACCUCCAAGUCCUACGCCUUCAUCACCACCACAGGGUCCUCCCCCUCAGGCCUCUUGGGGGCGACUGAUGAGCCUCCUCCCUCCGGCCCUUCAACGACUCAAGGGGUCCGGGCUCCCGUCCUGCAGCAGCGCCCCCAGGAGCUGGCAGAGUUGCGGGUGCUGGGCAAAGACAAGACAGGGCACCUCCGCGUGGCCUGGACCGCCCAGCCUGACACCUUUGCCCACUUCCAGCUGCGCCUGAGCGUGCCCGAAGGGCCGGAAGUUCAUGAGGAACUACUGCCAGGGAAUGUCCGCCAGGCUCUGGUGCCCUCACCCCCUCCUGGAGCCCCCUAUGAGUUGUCACUUCGUGGGGUCCCUCCCAAGGGCGAGCCCUCUGCCCCUCUCAUCUACCAAGGCAUUAUGGACAAGGAUGGGGAGAAGCCUGGGAAGCCAUUGGUCCCACCACGCCUGGGCGAGCUGACAGCGACAGAUGCAACCUCCAGCUCCCUGCUUCUGCACUGGACAGUCCCUGAGGGCGAGUUUGACUCCUUCGUGAUCCAGUACAAGGACAGGGAUGGGCUCCAGGUGGUGCCCGUGGAGGGGCCCCAGCGCUCAGCCCUCAUCACCAACCUGGACCUCGGCCGAAAGUACAAAUUUGUCCUGUAUGGACUCGUGGGCAAGAAGAGGCACGGACCCCUAGUGGCUGAAGCCAAGAUAGUGCCUCAGAGUGAUCCCAGCCCAGCAACUCCACCCCGCCUGGGAAAGCUGUGGGUGACAGAUCCCACACCAGAUUCGCUGCACCUCUCCUGGACUGUCCCUGAGGGCCAGUUUGACUCCUUCGUGGUUCAAUACAGGGACAGGGAUGGACGGCCCCAGGUGGUGCCUGUAGAAGGGCCCGAGCGCUCCAUCACUGUUUCCCACCUGGACCCCGACCACAAGUACAGAUUCAGUCUGUUUGGGAUUGCCAACAAGAAGCGGCAUGGCCCCCUCACGGUUGAUGGCACCACUGCCCCAGAGAAGAGAGAGGAGCCGCACCACCCAGAGGCCCCCGAGCAGCCCCUGCUGGGGGAACUGACAGUGACCGACGUCACCCCAGACUCCCUGCGCCUGGCCUGGACCGUGGCCCAGGGUUCCUUCGACUCCUUCAUGGUCCAGUACAAGGAUGCGCAGGGGCAGCCCCAGGCAGUGCCCAUCGAGGGGAAUGAGAAUGAGGUCACCAUCGCUGGUUUGGAGUCCGACCGAAAGUAUAAGAUGAACCUCUACGGGCUUCAUGGCAGGCAGCGUGUGGGGCCUGUGUCUGUGGUGGCCACCACCGCCCCCCAGGAUGUUGCAGAUGAGACCCCCAGCCCCACUGAGGUGGAGGAGGCGCCCAGCUCCACAGAACCCAGCACAGAGGCCCCAGAGCCCCCCGAGGAGCCCCUCCUGGGGGAGCUGACGGUGACAGGAUCUUCCCCAGACUCGCUGAGCCUGUCCUGGACCGUCCCCCAGGGCCACUUUGACUUCUUCACCGUUCAGUACAAGGACAGAGAUGGCCGGCCCCAGGUGGUGCGUGUCGGGGGUGAGGAGAACGAGGUCACCAUUGGGGGCCUGGAGCCGGGGCGCAAGUACAAGAUGAACCUGUAUGGCCUGUACGAGGGACAGCGUGUGGGCCCCGUGUCCACGGUGGGCGUGACCGCUCCACAGCCAGAAGAGACUCCUCCAGCCACAGAGCACCCCAUGGAGCCACGCCUGGGGGAGCUGACAGUGACGGAUGUGACUCCCAACUCUGUGGGCCUCGCAUGGACCGUCCCUGAGGGCCAAUUUGACUCCUUCAUGAUCCAGUACAAGGACAGGGAUGGGCAGCCCCAGGUGGUACCUGUGGAUGCAGACCAGCGUGAGGCCACUGUCCCCAGCCUGGAGCCUGCACACAAAUACAAGAUAAACUUCUACGGGCUACAUGGUGGGCAGCGUAUGGGCCCCCUCUCUGUGAUAGCUGUGACGGCUCCCCUCCUGCCAGCCCCAGCCACAGAGUCCCUCCAGGAGCCACGCCUGGGGGAGCUGACAGUGACAGAUGUGACCCAGGACUCCGUGGGCCUCUCGUGGACAGAACCCGAGGGUGAAUUCGACUCCUUCGUGGUCCAGUACAAGGACAGGGAUGGGCAGCCCCAGGUGGUGCCUGUGGCCGCAGACCAGCGCGAGGUCACCAUCCCUGGCCUGGAGCCCAGUAGGAAAUACAAGUUCCUGCUCUUUGGGAUCCAGGAUGGGAAACGACGCAGCCCAGUCUCUGUGGAGGCAAAGACGGCUGCCCAAGGUGACGCCAGCCCAGGGACCCCACCCCGCCUCGGGGAGCUGUGGGUGACAGACCCCACCCCAGACUCACUGCACCUCUCCUGGACAGUCCCUGAGGGCCACUUUGACUCCUUUGUGGUCCAGUUCAAGGACAGGGAUGGGCCCCGGGUGGUGCCUGUGGAGGGCCAUGAGCGCUCGGUCACCAUCACCCCUCUGGACACCGGCCGCAAGUACAGAUUCCUCCUCUACGGCCUCCUGGGCAAGAGGCGCCACGGCCCCCUCACUGCAGACGGCACCACAGAGACCCGGAAUACUACGGACAAUGCUGGCACAAAGCGUCCCCCAAAACCUCGUCUGGGGGAUGAGCUGCAGGUGACCAGCGUGACACCGGACUCCGUGGGCCUCUCCUGGACAGUCCCUGAGGGCCAGUUUGACUCCUUUGUGGUCCAGUACAAGGACAGGGACGGGCAGCCCCAGGUGGUGCCCGUGGAGGGCGGCCUCAGGGAGGUCAGCAUCUCGGGCCUGGACUCUGGCCGCAGGUACAAGCUGCUGCUCUACGGGCUGCACCAGGGCAAGCGCAUGGGUCCCAUCUCAGCUGUGGCCGUGACCGCCCCCAGGGAAGAAAUUGAAGCUGAGACCAUGGCCCCAAGCCCUCCAGCGUCUGAGCCCCACCUCGGAGAGCUGACCCUGGAGGAGGCCACGCCGCACACCCUGCGUCUAUCCUGGACAGCGAUUCAGGGAGAAUUUGACUCCUUCGAGGUCCAGUACACAGACCAAGAUGGACGACUCCAAGUGGUCAAUUUAGGGGGCGACCAGAAUGACAUCACCCUCUCUGGCCUGGAAUCUGACCACAGAUACCUCGUGAACCUAUACGGUUUCCACGGCCGGCAGCGUGUGGGUCCUGCUCAGAUUGAGGCCCUGACAGUCCCAAGAGAGGAAGAGGAUGAACCUUCAGAACCUCCUACCAUGACCCCCGAGCCUCCCUUCAAGCCGCACCUGGGGGAGCUGGCAGUGACAGACGCCACCCCUGACUCCCUAGGCCUCUCCUGGACAGUCCCCGAGGGCCACUUUGACCACUUCCUGAUCCAGUACAAGAACGGGGACGGGCAGCCCAAGGCAGUGCGAGUGCCGGGGCACGAGGACAGGGUCACCGUCUUGGGCCUGGAGCCAGACCACAAGUACAAGAUGAACCUGUACGGCUUCCAUGAUGGCCAGCGUGUGGGCCCCAUCUCUGUCAUUGGGGUGACAGCUGCAGAGGAAGAGACCCCUACCCCCACAGAGGUGGAGGAAACCCCCAGCCUCACGGAACCCGGCACAGAGGCCCCAGAGCCCCCCGAGGAGCCCCUCCUUGGGGAGCUGAUGGUGACAGGAUCCUCCCCAGACUCGCUGAGCCUGUCCUGGACCGUCCCCCAGGGUCACUUUGACUUCUUCACUGUCCAGUACAAGGACAGGGACGGACGGCCCCAGGUGGUGCGUGUCAGGGGUGAGGAGAGGGAGGUCACCAUUGGGGGCCUGGAGCCGGGGCGCAAGUACAAGAUGAACCUAUAUGGCCUGUACGAAGGGCAUCGUGUGGGGCCUGUGUCCACGGUGGGCGUGACGGCCCCCAAAGAAGAACCCCCUUCGAGCCCCCUUUGGAAGCCACACCUGGGGGAGCUGGCAGUGACAGAUGCCACCUCUGACUCCCUGGGCCUCUCCUGGACAGUCGCCGAGGGCCACUUUGACCACUUCCUGAUCCAGUACAAGAACGGGGACGGGCAGCCCAAGGCGGUGCGAGUGCCGGGACAUGAGAACAGGGUCACUGUCUCAGGCCUGGAGCCAGACCACAAGUACAAGAUGAACCUGUACGGCUUCCAUGGCGGCCAGCGUGUGGGUCCUGUCUCCACUGUUGGUUUAACUGCCCCAGAAACAGACCAAGAAAUGAGCCCAGCCCCAACAGACCUGCCCACCACGACCCCCGAGCCUCCCUUCAAGCCGCGCCUGGGGGAGCUGGCAGUGACAGACGCCACCCCCGACUCCCUGGGCCUCUCCUGGACAGUCCCCGAGGGCCACUUUGACCACUUCCUGAUCCAGUACAAGAACGGAGAUGGGCAGCCCAAGGCGGUGCGAGUGCCAGGUCACGAGGACAGGGUCACCGUCUCAGGCCUGGAGCCAGACCACAAGUACAAAAUGAACCUGUACGGCUUCCACGGCGGCCAGCGUGUGGGCCCCGUCUCUGUCAUUGGGGUGACAGCUGCAGAGGAAGAGACCCCCACCCCCACAGAGGUGGAAGAGAGCCCCAGCCCCACGGAACCCGGCACAGAGGCCCCAGAGCCCCCCGAGGAGCCCCUCCUUGGGGAGCUGAUGGUGACAGGAUCCUCCCCAGACUCGCUGAGCCUGUCCUGGACUGUCCCCCAGGGCCACUUUGACUUCUUCACCGUUCAGUACAAGAACAGGGAUGGGCGGCCCCAGGUGGUGCGUGUCAGGGGCGAGGAGAACGAGGUCACCAUUGGGGGUCUGGAGCCGGGGCGCAAGUACAAGAUGAACCUGUAUGGCCUGCACGACGGCCAGCGGAUGGGCCCCGUCUCUGUCGUCGGGGUGACAGCUACAGAGGAAGAGACCCCCAGCCCCACAGAGGUGGAGGAGACCCCCAGCCCCAUAGAGCCCAGCACAGAGGCCCCGGAACCUCCCGAGGAGCCCCUCCUUGGGGAGCUGAUGGUGACAGGAUCCUCCCUAGACUCGCUGAGCCUGUCCUGGACCGUCCCCCAGGGCCACUUUGACUUCUUCACCGUUCAGUACAAGGACAGGGACGGGCGGCCCCAGGUGGUGCGUGUCACCGGCGAGGAGAACGAGGUCACCAUUGGGGGUCUGGAGUCAGGGCGCAAGUACAAGAUGAACCUAUAUGGACUGCUCGAGGGGCAGCGCGUGGGCCCUGUGUCCACGGUGGGCAUCACCGCCUUCCAGGAUGUUGAGGAGACCCCCAGCCCCACAGAACCCAGCACAGAUGCUCCGGAGCCCCCCGAGGAGCCCCUCCUAGGGGAGCUGACGGUGACAGGAUCCUCUUCAGACUCACUGAGCCUGUCCUGGACCGUCCCCCAGGGCCACUUCGACUUCUUCACUAUGCAGUACAAGGACAGGGACGGGCAGCCCCAGGUGGUGCGUGUCAGGGGCGAGGAGAGUGAGGUCACCGUUGGGGGCCUGGAGCCGGGGCGCAAGUACAAGAUGAACCUAUAUGGCCUGUACGAGGGGCAGCGUGUGGGCCCCGUGUCCGCGGUGGGCGUGACCGCUGCAGAGGAAGAGAUCCCUACCUCCACUGAGGUGGAGGAGACCCCCAGCCCCACAGAACCCAGCACAGAUGCUCCGGAGCCCCCCAAGGAGCCCCUCCUUGGGGAGCUGAUGGUGACAGGAUCCUCCCCAGACUCGCUGAGCCUAUCCUGGACCGUCCCCCAGGGCCACUUCGACUUCUUCACCGUUCAGUACAAGGACAGGGACGGGCGGCCCCAGGUGCUGCGUGUCAGGGGCGAGGAGAACGAGGUUACCGCACGAGGCCUGGAGCCGGGACGCAAGUACAAGAUGAACCUGUAUGGCCUGCACGAGGGACAACGUGUGGGGCCUGUGUCCACGGUGGGCACGACCGCUCCAGACUACGAAGCUAUAAUCACCCAAGCCCCGCCCAGUGAGGCCACCGAACCUCCCAUCAAACCACGCCUGGGGGAGCUGGCAGUGACAGAUGCCACGCCUGACUCCCUGGGCCUCUCCUGGACAGUCACCGAGGGCCACUUUGACCACUUCCUGGUCCAGUACAAGAAUGGGGACGGGCAGCACAAGGCAGUGCGGGUGCCGGGGCAUGAGGACAGGGUCACCAUCUCGGGCCUGGAGCCAGACCACAAGUACAAGAUGAACCUGUACGGCUUCCACGGCGGCCAGCGCAUAGGUCCUGUCUCCACUGUUGGUUUAACUGCCCCAGAAACAGACCAAGAAAUGAGCCCAGCCCCAACAGACCCGCCCACCAUGACCCCCGAGCCUCCCUUCAAGCCGCGCCUGGGGGAGCUGGCAGUGACAGACGCCACCCCCGACUCCCUGGGCCUCUCCUGGACAGUCACCGAGGGCCACUUUGACCACUUCCUGAUCCAGUACAAGAACGGGGAUGGGCAGCCCAAGGCGGUGCGAGUGCCGGGUCACGAGGACAGGGUCACCGUCUCAGGCCUGGAGCCAGACCACAAGUACAAGAUGAACCUGUACGGCUUCCACGGCGGCCAGCGUGUGGGCCCCGUCUCUGUCAUCGGGGUGACAGCUGCAGAGGAAGAGACCCCCAGCCCCACAGUGGUGGAGGAGACCCCCAGCCCCACGGAACCCAGCACAGAGGCCCCAGAGCCCCCUGAGGAGCCUCUCCUGGGGGAGCUGAUGGUGACAGGAUCUUCCCCAGACUCGCUGAGCCUGUCCUGGACUGUCCCCCAGGGCCACUUUGACUUCUUCACCGUUCAGUACAAGGACAGAGAUGGCCGGCCCCAGGUGGUGCGUGUCAGGGGCGAGGAGAGGGAGGUCACCAUUGGGGGCCUGGAGCCGAGGCGCAAGUAUAAGAUGCACCUGUAUGGACUGCACGAGGGGCAGCGCGUGGGCCCCGUGUCCACCGUGGGCAUGACUGCCUCCCUGCCCACAGAGCCCCCAGUGGCACCCCGCCUGGGGGAGCUGGCUGUGGCAGCCGUGACCUCGAACACAGUGCGCCUCUCGUGGACAGUGGCCCAGGGCCCCUUCGACUCCUUCCUGGUCCAGUACAGGGAUGUGCAGGGGCAGCCCCAGGCCGUGCCCGUGGGUGAAGACCUCCGCGAGGUCACCAUCUCUGGUCUGGACCCAGCCCGCAAGUACAGGUUCCUUCUCUUCGGACUCCAGGAUGAGAAACGGCAUGGCCCGGUCUCUGCAGAAGCAAAGACCCUCCCAGACACGAAACCUUCUCCCCGCCUGGGGGAGCUGACAGUGACGGCCACAACACCUGACUCCCUGGACCUCUCAUGGACUGUCUCCGAGGGUGAAUUCGACUCCUUUGUGGUCCAGUACAAGGACAGGGACGGGCAGCCCCAGGUGGUGCCUGUGGCUGCAGACCGGCAUGAGGUCACCAUUCCCGGCCUGGAGCCCAAUAGGAAAUACAAGUUCCUGCUCUACGGGCUGGCAGGCAGGAAGCGGCUGGGCCCCAUCUCUGCUGACGGCACCACAGCUCCCCUGGAGAAGGAGCAGCAGCCCCCACCCCGCCUGGGGGAGCUGACGGUGACGGAUGAGACCCCAGACUCCCUGCACCUCUCGUGGACGAUGGCCCAGGGCCCCUUUGACUCCUUCGUGGUUCAGUACAGGGACACAGACGGACAGCCCCGGGCCGUACCUGUGGCCGCAGACCAGCGGGAGGUCACCAUAGAAGGCCUGGAGCCUGGCAGGAAAUACAAGUUUCUGCUGUAUGGGCUCCUAGGAGGGCAGCGCCUGGGCCCCGUCUCUGUCCUGGGAGUGACAGCCCCAGAAGAAGACACGCCAGCCCCCUGGCACCCUGCCACAGAGGCCCCAGAGCCCCCCAAAGGGCCCCACCUAGGGACGCUGGCAGUGACCAACGGAACCCCAGACUCCCUGCGCCUCUCAUGGAGUGUGACCCAGGGCCCCUUUGACUCCUUCGUGGUCCAGUAUCGGGACACAGACGGGCAGCCCCAGGCCUUGCUCGUGGGUGGCGACCAGAACAAAGUCCUCGUGUCAGGCCUGGAGCCCAGCACCUCCUACAAGUUCUUCCUCUAUGGCCUCCAUGAAGGGAAGCGCCUGGGGCCUGUCUCAGCCGAGGGCACCACAGGGUCAGCUCCUCCUGGUCAGACCCCAGGGGAGCCAGGGCCCCGCCUGUCCCAGCUGUCUGUGACUGACGUGACCACAAGUUCACUGCGGCUCAACUGGGAGGCCCCACCUGGGGCCUUUGACUCCUUCCUGCUCCGCUACGGGGUCCCGUCACCAAGCACUCUGGAGCCACAUCCGCGUCCCCUGCUGCAGCGGGAGCUGACAGUGCCGGGGACACGGCGCUCAGCCGUGCUCCGGGACCUACGUCCAGGGAUCCUGUACAGCCUUACAUUGUAUGGGCUGCGUGGGCCCCACAAGGCAGACAGCAUCCAGGGCACCGCCCGUACCCUCAGCCCAGUUCUGGAGAGCCCCCGUGACCUUCAAUUCAGCGAAAUUGGGGAGACCUCAGCCAAAGUCAGCUGGACGCCCCCACCGUCCAGAGUGGACAGCUUCAAAGUUUCCUACCAGCUGGCAGAUGGAGGGGAGCCACAGAGCGUGCAGGUGGAUGGCCGAACCCGGACCCAGAGACUCAAGGGGCUGAUCCCAGGGGCUCAGUACGAGGUGACCGUGGUCUCUGUCCGCGGCUUUGAGGAGAGUGAGCCUCUCACAGGCUUCCUCACCACAGUUCCUGACGGCCCCACCCAGCUGCGUGCACUGAACUUGACUGACGGAUCAGCCCUGCUGCACUGGAAGCCCCCCCAGGCCCCUGUGGACACAUAUGACAUCAGAGUCACAGCCCCAAGGGCCCCCCCUCUACAGGCCUCAGCCCCCGGCAGCUCUGUGGACUACUCCUUGCACGACCUUGUGCUCCACACCAACUACACGGCGACCGUGCGUGGCCUUCGGGGCCCCAACCUCACCUCCCCAGCCAGCAUCACCUUCACCACAGGAUUGGAAGCCCCUCGGGACUUAGAAGCCCAGGAAGUGACCCCCCGCACGGCCGUGCUCACUUGGACAGAGCCCCAAGUCCCGCCAACUGGCUACCUGCUCAGCUUCCACACCCCUGGCGGACAGAUCCAGGAGAUCCUGCUCCCAGGAGGCAUCACCUCUCACCAGCUCCGGGGCCUCUUUCCCUCCACCCCCUACAGCGCAUGGCUCCGGGCCAUGUGGGGCGAGAGCCUCACGCCACCCGUGUCCACCUCUUUCACCACUGGUGGACUGAGAAUCCCUUUCCCCCGGGACUGUGGGGAGGAGAUGCAGAACGGGCCCAGCACCUCGAGGACCACCACCAUCUUCCUCAAUGGCAACCGCGAGCGGCCCCUGAACGUGUUUUGUGACAUGGAGACCGAUGGGGGUGGCUGGCUGGUGUUCCAGCGCCGCAUGGAUGGACAAACGGACUUCUGGAGGGACUGGGAGGACUAUGCCCAUGGUUUUGGGAACAUCUCCAGGGAGUUCUGGCUGGGCAACGAGGCCCUACACAGCCUGACGACAGCCGGGGACUACUCCAUGCGUGUGGACCUGCGGGCUGGGGACGAGGCCGUGUUUGCCCAGUAUGACUCCUUCCGAGUAGACUCAGCCGCUGACUACUACCGCCUCCACCUGGAGGGCUACCAUGGCACCGCAGGGGACUCCAUGAGUUACCACAGCGGCAGUGUCUUUUCCGCUCGUGAUCGAGACCCCAACAACUUGCUCAUCUCCUGUGCCGUCUCUUACCGAGGGGCCUGGUGGUACAGGAACUGCCACUAUGCCAACCUCAACGGGCUCUACGGGAGCACAGUGGACCACCAGGGAGUGAGCUGGUACUACUGGAAGGGCUUCGAUUUCUCCGUGCCCUUCACGGAAAUGAAACUAAGACCAAGAAGCUACAGGCCUCCGGCCCGGGGAGGUUGAGCCUCUGCUCAGCCUCCCGCGCCCCAGUAUGACUGCCGAGCACUGAGGGGUCGCGCUGGGAGAAGAGCCAGGGGCCACCGUCACCACCCACCCACCGGAGGAAGCCUUCUCCACCCGCGAUCUCACAGCACCAUGUUUACAGGGGGGAGGGAAGGGGUUUAUAGGGGAGCAAUAAAAGGAGAAACUGAGGCACGUGA